AUGGACUCUUGUUCUGAAACGGUUUCAAAUCCGGAGUUCAACGCAGCAGUUUCUCAGAUUUCUUCCGUCAGCAAUGGUGAUUCCCCCUGGAUUACAUCAGUCACAGAUCAGCCGGACGCCUUCGAGAAAGACAAACUAUUCUUGCCAGAGCGAGAAAACACCAUCCAGUUCAAUCAGACAGAGAUCGCUAGAGCGCAACAAGAAGACCCAACGACAAAUCGCGUUCAGUGGUAUGUACGGUCACGAAAGAAACCAACUCUCGGGGAAAGGCAACAAGAAACCCCUGAACUAAAAAAAUACCUCCGGAAGUGGCAUAAUCUCAUGAUCGACAGGAAGACGGGUAUUUUGUAUCGAGGCCAGCAACUUGUACUACCAACGAAUUAUAGAUCCUUAUUAUUUCGAGAACUACACGAGAAAAUGGGACAUCUUGGUCCAGAACGCGUUUUCAACUUCGCAAGGGAACGGUUCUAUUGGCCUGGAAUGAAGAACGAUAUUGAACAUUUUAUCACGCACGUCUGUAGUUGUGUUAAACAGAGAAAACCCACCUUUACCAACAGAGAACCACUUCAGUCCAUUUCUACGUCUGUACCAUUCGAACUGGUAUCAAUUGAUUUUGUCCAUUUAGAGCGAAGUUCGGGAGGGUUCGAGUAUAUCUUGGUCAUUGUCGACCACUUUACCAGAUAUACACAAGCGUAUCCAACACGGAACAAGACCGCGGCCACGGCAGCCGAUAAAAUUUACAAUGAUUUCAUUUCACCAGGGAGGGGAGUUUGAAAAUAAACUGUUUCGUAGACUAGAGCAGCUCUCGGGAAUCGCACAUUCAAGAACGACACCCUAUCAUUCACAGGGAAAUGGCCAGGUGGAGCGGAUGAACAGGACUUUGCUACACAUGUUGCGAACGUUACCCGAAGUGUACAAGUCUAAUUGGAAGGAUCAUGUGAACAAACUAAUACACGCGUAUAAUUGUACGAAGCAUGAAUCUACUGGCUUCUCCCCGUUCUUGCUACUAUUCGGUAGACCGCCUCGUCUUCCCGUUGAUUUGAUGUUUAACUUAACAAGAAAAUAAGAAUCAAUCGGUUAUCCAGCUUAUGCCAAUAAAUGGAAGAAAGCAAUGCAGGCAGCUUACAUGUUAGCAUCCAAGUCUGCGGAGAAAGCGGCGUCUAAGUGAAGGAAGCAGAGCGAUAAACGCGUAAGGUCGACUGUCCUCUUACCUGGUGACCGAGUGCUUGUUCGGAACCUAUCACCACGCGGAGGUCCAGGCAAAAUACGAACGUUCUGGGAAGAAGAGAUUCACGUAGUGGUAUCGAGUAAGAAUCCCGAGAGUCCUGUUUAUGAUAUCAAACCCGAAUCAGGAAAGGGAAAGACACGCACGUUGCACAGAAAUUUACUGUUACCUUGUGAUUAUUUACCGACAGCAACGCCAGAGACAAAGCUGGUAGAGAAAGUGAAAGAACAGACCCCGAUUAUACACACCGCAGAGGAUUCAGAAUCCGAUUCGGAGGGGGAGGAGGGACUGUCGCCGCCUCCAAACGAAAUGAACGAACUUGUAUAAUUAAGCUUACGAUCAGAGUCGGUAAACGACGCGACAGUGGACCCAAGUACAAAUGGCGAUAUUAACCAGAGUGGGGAAGUACAUGGUAAUGAAAAUGACGCGAACAGGCUGAACAUACAAGAAGAAGAAAGGAUGGAAACGCCGGGUGAUAUCGAAGAAACACCGCCGCAACCGGUUCGUCCACAAAGGCAAAGACAGCCACCGUUACGUUUUGGGUACAAUGCACCUGGUUGUCCUACGGGUGAAUUUCCUUUCAUUUGGCAAGACCCUAACGUGGGAUUAGUUCAAAUACGAGAUCCAUGGUUUGACCCACCUUGGAUUGGACCGAUACAACCUCCGAUGAUAUCAGUACCGUGGAUGAGUCCAAUACAGAAUCCCAUGUUCCACGCACAAGUUAUGAACCCUAUGAUAUCACCACCGCCUUUUGGUUACUACCCAACGUAUUAGAAGACAAAGAGGAACAAGUAAACAUAUUAAACGUUCAUAUUUAUAAUUUAAAAAAAAACACAUUUGCUUCACUUAGGAUUUCAUUGUACUUGAUACAAAUUAGCUAAAGUAAGGUAACUUACGUAUUUAGGAUCUAUAGUGUCUUGAAGAGAGAGAUUACGUUUCGGUUAGUGAGCUGGCCUGAUCAACCAACUCGAGUGUCUGAAUUGUGAAGGAUACUUAUAACUUGGAACGGAUGCGUUAAGAAGAUACGGAUCUAAAAUGUCAGAGACGACAUUCAAGAAGGAGGGGAGAGUGUAGCCGUGUGAGAAAACAAUUAAGAAACAGCUUUAGAGACUGGGACUGAGUAGUCAGCGGUUAUGUUGUAGAAACGGGCUCAGCGAUAUAGUCUAGCGCUUUUUUAAACGAAAAAAUAACGAACACAUGUUUUGUAAAAGUUUUAUUAAAAAUACUCCUUUAAAAGUGAAUAAAAUGUAAAACAAAAAUAACUUGGAAUAACACUUACUCGACUAAACUCUCUACAGUCCUUCUUAUGCACUCUUUUACAAUGUGGUGAAAUUUCUCAAUCUGACUAUGACUUCCUUAGACCUAAAGCAGCACACUUCGGUAGAGCACAUGGGCUUCCCAAAGUCCACAAACAUUACAACGACUUGCCACCGUUCAGACCUAUUAUUGACACAACUGGAACACCACACUAUAACGUUGGUAAAUUUCACGCUAACAGACGCUAAGUUAUUAAAUCCAUUAGCCCAAAACGAGUACACUCUUCGUGAUUGAUUUCAUGCGGUUUCGGAAAUAAAAUCUAUACCUAAAGAGCUUUUCUCAGAAGGUUAUCGCCUUGUUUCGUUUGACGUUGUUUCACUAUUCACAAACGUUCCGCUAACCAAAACUAUCAAAAUCGUUCUUAACCGCGUUUUUGAAGAAAAAUUGGUUGCUAUGCAACUCGUUUGAAACGGACUUUGAAAAAACUAAUUCUUGAUUCCUGUACUAAAACCGCGUUCUCAUUUAAUAAUCAGCUUUUUUAUUAUACUGAUGGCCUUUUUAUGGGGUCUGCACUGAGGCCUGUGCUAGCUAACAUCAUUCUUUCGGAAUUUGAAAAACUUAUUGUUUCGGAUCUAAUUAAAUCCUCACUGCACCUGUCGUGAUUCUGAUUGAGACUUAGUCUUCCGUUUGAUGAUAUCAUCAUGCCUUGCCAACUUGUAUAUAAGACCAUGUAUAUAUUGUAACUAUAGACCAUGUAUAUAUUUGUAAUAAAAUCGAAAUAUUAUCACUUUCUUAUUUGACUCGUAUUUUGGGUUUCAAGAUGCUAAUCUUCGGAUUAUAUUUUGUACUAUAUUUUUUAAAUUGUCGGCUGGUAAUGGUUUUUACAUAAAUAUGUCAGGAAAAUAUCAAUAACUCAGUAUGGUUAAAUUAGAAAUGACAAAUAUAUACAAUUCUAAUUAUAUACAAUUAAAAACUCAUCAAUAAUUCAUGAGGAAAAUACAACAGAAAUGAAUGUUUAAUCAAUGUUUGUAAAUCGGAUAAAGAUUUGUCCUGAUUUACAUAAACUUCAGCAUUGAUUUUCUUGGCUUAGACAUGCAAUGUUUAUUUUGAAAAUUACUUCGCCAAUGAACUCAUAAGAUGGGUCAUUCGCAGCCGAUCUUUAUAUAAUAUACAAACUCUCGCCUUCGGCUCGAGUUUGUAUAUCAGAUAAAUAUCGGCUGCUCAUGUUUUAACUAGUACUUGUGAACGUUUUGGUUUAAUACUUUGAGUCGCUGGAACAAGAUAUUUAGUCAAAUCCGAAAAGAUUCUGGUCUGCCUUCAAACUCUCCAAUAAAGCGAGCAGUGUUCCUCAGAAAGUGUCAAUACUAUUGACACACUCAAUACCAUCAACUAUCCAUGAUACGGACACCGGUAAACCUGUUCGGAAAUUAGUUUCCAGCCCGGUUGAGAUUGCCGAAGCAAUCACUUUACAUUCAUAUUCUCCAGUGAUACAGUCGAACCUCGCCCACAAUUACCACCUACCAGCGGGCCGGAAUUUUCCAAAAUUUCUCUCUCUCCUUGCGCAGUAGUCGCCGCCCUUCGUUCACUUGAUGUUACUAAAACAACUGGACCUGACGAGAUCUCUGGAAGACUUUUGAAAGAAACAUGGCGCAACAUGGCUUUAUUCCCGGCAGAUCCUGCGUCACCCAGUCGGUCGAAGUUCUCAACUGCAUUGGCUCGUUGCUGGAUUCUGGCCUGCAAACUUCAACAUUCGCUCAUCAUUUCCAGAUUGCG